ACACACACACACACACACACACACACUGGAGUUUGUAGAGCAGCCAGCAGGAGUCUCAGUGUCUCAGGAUAACGGAGCAGUUUGCAGUAAAGCGGAGAGAAAAGUUAAGUUGAGGCCGGAAGUGGAGCUGAGCAGAGGGAAAGGCGGAGAGGAGAGGAGAGAGAGAGAGAGAGGGAGAGAGAGAGGGAGAGAGAGAGAGAGGGAGAGAGAGAGAGAGAGAGAGAGAGGAUGGUGGAGAUGAAGUCUGUAACGCGGAAUUAGCGCUGUGUCUCAGUGAAGUGGUGCAGUAGGAGGUCAGAGCAGUGAAAAUGGGAUUACCGACUCUGGAGUUCAGUGACUCGGUUCUGGACAGUCCGGCCUUCAGAGACACACUGAAGAACCACGAGCUCGAGCUGGAGAACACCAACAAGUUCAUCAAGGAGCUCAUCAAGGACGGGAACGCGCUUAUAGGCGCACUGAGAAAUCUGUCUGAAUCUGUGCUGAAGUUUGCUCAGUCUCUGCAGGAGUUUCAGUUCGAGUGCAUCGGUGAUGCUGAGACCGACGACGAGGUAAACAUCGCUCAGUCUUUUAAAGAAUUCUCACAGCUGCUGAACACAGUGGAGGAGGAGAGACGCCGCCUCAUCCAGAAUGCUGACGACGUGCUCAUCACACCGUUGGAGAAAUUCCGUACGGAGCAGAUCGGAGCGGCUAAAGAAGGAAGGAAGAAGUUCAUCAAAGAGAGUGAGAAGUACUACUCAUCCCUGGAGAAACAUCUCAACCUGUCUUCAAAGAAGAAGGAGUCGUUGCUCCAGGAGGCUGAUGCUCAGAUCGAUAAAGAGAGGCUGCUGUUCUAUGACGCCUCACUCGAGUAUGUCUUCAAAAUCCAGGAAGUGCAGGAGAAGAAGAAGUUUGAGUUUGUCGAGCCGCUCCUGGCCUUCCUACAGGGUUUAUUCACUUUCUACCACGAAGGAUAUGAACUGGCUCAAGAGUUCGAACCUUAUAAACAACAGCUCCAGUUCAACCUGCAGAAUACUCGGAACAACUUCCUGAGCACUAAGCAGGAGGUGGAGAAACUGAUGAACAGAGUGAGAUCUGCGGAUCAGGACCAGAAACCACCAGGACAGUGGACCAUGGAGGGCUACCUGUACAUCCAGGAAAAACGACCUCUGGGCUGUGCCUGGACACGACAUUACUGCACUUAUGAUAAAGCGAGUAAGACCUUCACCGUGACCAACACCGAGACCAAGACCACCAACAAGCAGAGUGACGUGGUGUUAAACCCACCUGAAGUGUUCAAGCUGAAGUCGUGCAUCAGGAGAAAAACAGACUCCAUCGACAAGCGCUUCUGUUUCGACGUGGAGGUGGUAGAGAGAAACGCUGUGUGUCGUGGAACUCUUUUCAGACCCCUGCAGUUUUUCUGUAAAGUUCGACAUGGUAUCAUCACCUUGCAGGCUCUGUCUGAAUCUAACAGGAGGAUGUGGCUGGAAGCGAUGGACGGCAAAGAGCCAAUCUACAACCUGCCUGCAGUCCUGAGCAAGAAAGACGAGACUCAUCUGAACGAAGCCGGCUUUAACUUUGUGAAGAAGUGUGUGAGCGUGGUCGAGGCGAGAGGCAUUAACACGAUGGGACUUUACCGUAUCGGAGGAGUGAACUCUAAAGUGCAGAAACUGAUGAACACCGUCUUCUCACCGAAAGCUCCAGCAGACGUGGACCUGGACCCUGAAAUCUGGGAUAAUAAAACCAUCACCAGCGGCCUGAAAAAUUACCUCAGGUGUCUCACUGAGCCGCUCAUGACCUACAGACUCCAUGCGGAUUUCAUCACUGCUGUCAAAUCAGAUGAUCAGAAUUACAGAGUGUGUGCUGUACACGCGCUGGUCCAUAAACUGCCUGAAAAAAAUAAGGAAAUGCUGCAGAUUCUCAUAAAACACCUUCUUAUUGUUUCCUCCCACAGUAAGACCAACAUGAUGACGGUGUCGAACCUGGGCGUGAUCUUCGGUCCCACACUGAUGCGCUCUCAGGAGGAGACGGUGGCUGCCAUGAUGAACAUCAAGUUCCAGAACGUGGUGGUGGAGAUUCUGAUCGAGAACUUUGAGAAGAUCUUCCACCAGACUCCAGACCCCAACGUUCCCCUGGCGCAGCUUCACACUCGGCCGGAGUCACGCAGGAACAGAGCCAUCUGUCUCUCCACAGGAGCUCGCAAACCCAAACCCCCGUACACACACUCGCUGUGUGUCGCUGACGCAGACAGUGACACAUUCAGCAGCAGCUCCUGCAGCACUGCGAUGGGCAGCAUGGAGUCGCUCUCGUCUCACUCGUCAGAGCAGAACGUGUCCAAACGGAGCUCCUGCGCUCUGCAUAAAGAGAAGCCGUCGUUCCCGUCGUCUCUGUCCUCCAGCGGGCCCCGGGGCCGGGACUCGGGCUCCAGAGAGGACGCGGGGCGGGCGGAUGGAGACUCGGAGGACUCGUACAGCUCGCCUGCUCUGAGGAAAUCUCACAGAAAUGUCACACAGAGCUGCGGAGCUGCGCUGAGAUCAGACCGAUCUGUCCAAUCACUCCACAGCACCGACGAGAAACAGACUGAUGGCGUCCUGCGUCCCGACCUGCCGCCCAAAAUGCCCCAGCGCCAGCGUCAGGACAUCGGCUCUAGCAGCGGCUACCAGAGACCAGUCUCAGUAGUGGCGGCGAGAGCGCUGAUGUUCGAAAGUCCCUCGCCGUCGACACAAACGGGACGAGACGCGAAGGCGAUAUACUCCUGUGAGGCGGAGCAUAGCAAUGAGCUGAGUUUCCCCCAGGGGGCGCACUUCUCGAACGUGUACCCUUCAGUGGAACCCGGCUGGCUCCAGGCCACGUACGAGGGCAAAACAGGACUCGUUCCCAAAAACUAUGUGGUUUUCCUCUGAGCCCACACACGGAGACGUCAUCGAGCAUUUCCUGCUGGAGCAGAGAUUGUGUAGCGGUCAUACUUGGCUGUAACACUCGGUGUCUGUGCAGUGAAGAGCUGUAUAAACUGUUCUGCUGUCCUUCAGCCUCAUGAUGGUUUUAGCAUAAAAAAAUCUUACAGCAUUAUAAAGUUUUAUAACCUUUUAUUCACCUGUAGUGCUUUUUUACCUUUUUUUAAUCUGUAAUGAAAGAUUGUGCCUUGUUGAAUCUGGUAAUAAGUAGGUUUUAUAACUGUUUCAUCUUUACAAAAAAAAAAAACAAGAAAUUUAAGUGAAUGCAGAUCUGCUGACCUUCACACGUGUUGCGUAGCUGUUCGCCGUUUUAACGUCAGAGUGCGCUGCUACGAGUUAUCACUCAAAAAUAAAAGUCAAAUAAAAACAGCAGAUGAGUCAGUCGACGUAUGAAUCUGGAAUGAUUGACAGCUGCGUAGGUGUUUUGAACUCUCUGAUAUUACCUGUCCCUCUGGAAGCCCCGCCCCCUUCCUCCAUCUCACCUUAGUAAUCUCUCGUCUCGUAUUGAUUUUCCCGAUGGAGAGAUACGCAGACGCAAAGUCCUCACUUUCUGUCACGGGAAACAGAAAUUAAACCUAACAGUGUGUGUUCCACUCAGCUAAGAUUACACACAGAUUUACUGAACAUCAGAUAAAUCGAUUUAUUAGCAUCAGAAACAUUUUCAAACAUCUUCAUCUGAACUGAAACAGACGAGCAGCUGCGUGUACACACACUCCAGUCUCCACUUUACUGUAAACUUUACUGUUUCAAUGAGAUUGAAAAUAUGCUGCGUUUUCACUCCUUCAUUAUUCCUCUUCAGAGUGACUGUGUCUGUGAAUGUAGCAUGAAAUGUUAAAAGUAUAAAAGGAGCUGUUUUCCUGUUUUUUUAACAGUAUGAUUUAUAAUUUUAGUUAUUUUUUAUAUUUAGAGUCAUGUUUUUUCCUGCACUGUGGAAGAACCCAUUCUGAUAUACAUGAUGAAGUAUAUUUCUGUUCUUUCCUGUGGUUUUUUUGUCACAGAUAUUGAUAAUAUUGCUGUAACCUGUAAGAAAAAUGCACGUGACCUUGUUGCUGUUAUUCACGCAGUCUUUAAUCAGGUGUUUUACUGUAACUGAACAGGUGAAGUGAUUGAACUGAAGAAUGUUGUAUCACUGUUUUAGAUUAGUUU